AAAAAAAAAGUGACGAAACAUCGCGUAAAAGUCGUAAAAAUAAGGGAGGAAGCAGGCGCAGGUUCUUUUAAUAAUCAUAAUAAUUACCAAAUUGUGCAAAUUUUAGGAUAUUUCGAAGGUACGCAGAAUUUUCCGGUUACUUGUUGAGUUUGUUGGGUCGAAUACGAUUGACAAGGUUGAAGAAACUACCUUAUUUAGAAACGUAACAAUUGGUUUAACGUGAUGGAGUCAGAUCCCUCGGAGGAAUCGGUACCGCGUGCUGUCAGUGGAAGUCCACCGCUAACCAGUGGUCCGGCUCAGGACGGAGACGAUCGCUACUGUUGGGUUUGUUUUGCCACGGAUGAGGACGACAAAUUGGCACCCUGGGUACAGCCUUGCAAUUGCCGCGGAGCCACCAAGUGGGUUCAUCAAUCAUGUCUGCAGCGUUGGGUAGACGAAAAGCAGAAGGGAAAUACAUUCAAAAGGGUUAGCUGUCCACAGUGCCAGAGCGAGUACAUUAUCGUGCUGCCCUCGAUGGGAGCGCUGGCUAAUGUUUUGGAAGGAAUCGAUACCCUUAUCAAACGGAUAAGCCCUUUCCUAACUGCGGGAGUUAUUGUGGGAUCGAUUUACUGGACAGCUGUAACAUAUGGAGCCGUUACGGUUCUACAAACAGUCGGCUACGAUGAAGGUUUGGCACUGAUGGAAAGAGCCGAACCAAUCGUUCUCCUAAUCGGAUUGCCUGCGGUUCCGAUUGGCCUUAUUCUAGGUCGCAUGAUUCGGUGGGAGGACUUCCUGUUACGAUUCCUGCAGACUAAAUCAUUCAGUCUACGCAAGUUUCCAAUGAUCAGCCUGUUGCUACCGAUUUCACCCAUCGAAGAUGAUCCCUUCGUUAACAAUGCAGACUUGAACAUGAGCGGCGGAGGAGGUCCUCCAGCUGUACCGAAUUCAGUUCCUCCAGGUGCGGUCGUCACAUCGGAUCCUCUAUCCGCAACUCGAGUGCUCUGCGGAGCCCUGCUUCUGCCCACCAUUUCUUCCAUUGUGGGCCGAGUUUUCUUCGAUUCCAUCCAAAACAAGUUCCAACAGGUCCUCGUCGGUGGAUUCGCCUUUGUCGUGCUAAAAGGGGCGCUCAAAAUCUACUUCAAACAGAAACAAUGCAACCGAAAAAAGCAACGGCGCAUUCUCGACUACACUCCAGAAAACCUUCGCCGUUAUGGCCCCCGAGAACAUCCCCAAAGGGCUCAACAACAACAACAGCAGCAGCAGCAGCAACCACAACAACAACAAAUCGAUUAGGAAAUCAGGAUUAACGAUGCUUUGAAGUUCAGAACAACGGGUGAUGCGAACGAAAUAUAUUUUUGUAAAAAUAUGACGAUUCCAAUCGCUUAACAAAAAGCGCCCAGUUAUACAAAAAUAAAUUAAAAAACAAAAUUUUUUAAUCAUCACAACAAGGCGCAACCAAUUGCGCAAAAGUAGAAUGUUCCUUUUUGGAUUUCGCAUUUUAAACUUCUUAAAAUAUCACGUUUUGGCACUACUCCAACUUUCCGCAAAAAAAAAACAUUCUCUGCGUGGAUUUUAUCGAAAAUCACUUAACGACAACUGAGAAGAAAGUUCAAUGUGAGGUGAUCGAAACGAGCGAGGACAGGGAUCGGAAUGCCUCAGUGGGGCGAAUGCAACAUUGUAGUUAAUCCUAUUGUAAAAACUUUCGAUAUUGGGAAUAAUAUAGGUAUAGCUGUUCA